AAGAGCAUACAGCAAAAAUGAAGCGGUUGUGGGAUGUUGAGAGGAGUCUACUGCAAGACGAGAUUUAUGACCGAGUUAUCAGAUCUUUGAAGUCCAAGGGUGUUUGCCCGAAUUCACCACCCAUGUCCCAUCCAGAUACUGCACAAAAGUUCAACCAAUCUUCAUGGGAAAACUACGGCCUUAACAUCGCAAAUGUAGUUAACAGUAUAAACAAGUCCUUCAAAGAUGGAUGUAUGGACAAUGUCCACCCUAAAGAUAAUGCUGAUACUGCCGACUCUUCUUCGGAUGAGGUACAAUUAACUCUCACACUUUGUAAUUACUAGAGAUCUAUAAUUACUACCUAACUCUCACACUUUGCUCAACUCAGCAUGACAACGAAGAUUGUCGAAGCAGAUCUUCUGGUCGGGAAGAAGGCGACGUGGUAAGAAAGAAGUCAUCCUGAUAGACAAUAAAUAUUGGUGGACAAAGUUUAUAUUACUUCUCUUAACUUUGUUGGACAGGGAUUGGGCUCAGCAAGUGAAGAAGAUGUAGAGAGGAUGGUAAUAUGCACCCAACCCGAUACUGCAACAAACCCUCCACAUAAGCUCAGUCAAUCCGGUAAUAAAAUGGACCAGAAUUGAAUAGGUAUUUUCGUUGUCCAUCAACAGUUCUGUAGAUGUCGAUCUUGUGUCUCAGUCUGGUAGUCCAUCAAAUAGACCCGGUAGACUAGUAGCUAUUUCGAUUGUCCAUCAACUGUUAAUCUUGUCGAUCUGGUAUUACAGGCUGGUAGUCCAUCAGAGUCCAAAAUGGAGAGCAUGAGUAAUCGAGACCAAUCAGGGGAUGAGGCAACAGAGGCUACACAAAUAACUUCGGUUAAUAAGGCUGGUAGUCCUUCAGAAUCCCAAAAGGAGAUCAUGAGUGAUCGAGACCAAUCAGGGGAUGAAGCCACUACUGUAUCACCACCUGUGAAGGAGAAUGAUGCUGACGAUGUCGUAGGGGAGGCAGGGGUCCCUGAUGAAGGUCAUCUAGAAGGUGAUUCAGAAUUUUCUGACACCGUUGUAGUAGAGGAUCCCAAUUGGAAACCAUGAGUGACAAUUCUGGUGAUGCGGGUACCAAUGUAUCACUUAAGGAGCAUGUGAAUGAUGAUGAAGUCGUUGUAGGAGAGGCAUCGGUUCUGUCUGCAGGUGAAACUGAAGGUGGACCACGGAUGGAGGUCCCCGACAAAGCUAAUAGGAAGCGGCGUAAUCCCACCGCCGAUAAAUGUCAAACUCCACUUCCAAGGAAAAGAACGAGGACAGCCCCUAGGCGCUAUGGUCAGUGUUCGACUUCUCACUCUAAGCAACCAGCUUCAGAGAGCUCCGAAGACGAUAGUUUCAUGCCUCUGAAAGCUGUAAGCCGUUCACUGGAGAGAAGGUUUAUCGCACAGCUAAAAGCGUACCGUAAAAAGGAGUACAUUAUUGAUGGCAUCCCUGUGAAGAAGACUUUCUUUAGCGAGAUUUACACGCCACAACACUGGGUGGAUACUCCGCACAUGGAAGCGAUGUUAAGCCUUCUGUGGAGGCGUUAUGGGGAUACGUUGCGCCAAAACAGGAUAGUUAUCCUUGACACCUGGUUCUCUCACAUGCUAACCACCGAGUUACAGCGUUAUCAGGCAUCGAAGAAGAAAACAACUUUUUCCUGGAACAACAUUAUUAAGAACUACGUCAGAGGUAAUGUCUACAACCGUAACUCUAACCUUGCAUGGUACACCGACGUAGAUACUGUUUAUUUACCUAUGAAUUGGGGAAAACGGCACUGGGUUGCACUUGUUAUUCGCUUGAGGACGGCUCACGUCUUGAUCCUUGAUCCGUAAAUUGUCCACAACUCCCCCAAGAAGGUUCCCCGUCUUAUGAGACCUGUAAUGGACCUCCUGCCACUGAUCAUUAAGAAGUUCGUAGAUCCUGCAUCAGUUGACUGCCCUCUGCCUAACGUGUUUAGCUUUCAAAGACUGGAGAAUGUUUACCAUAAUGACAGGACCGGCGACUGUGGUCCUCUGGCGGUUAAGUUUAUCGAGCUCCAUCCGCAAAAAGUAAUACCUGAUGGACUAACAGAGGACUUGGUGGACAAACUCCGUAUGUCCUACGCUGUUGAUGUUUACCAAGAAUUUGUUGUCUCACUAAAUAAUUGAACUUCUUAUGUUUUCCCUAGAAUUUGUCUCAAACGGUUAUGUACUUCCUUAGAACUUCUUAUGUUUCCCUAGAACUUCUUAUGUUUUUUGGUCCCUACUACAUUUUGUUAUUUAAACAACGGUUAGAAGAGUGGACUGUAUUUCAAUCUAAUUAGACAAUUGUCUGCCCUUGCUUUAUCUACACAAGUGGUUUAAAAGUCUACAGACCUUAAAACACUCCUACCUUGUCAGUUAUACCACAUUUUCUACAGUGGGAGCCAAUCAAUCAUGUCUCUGUACCGUGAUGGCAGAGCAAACACUGUCAACAGCUCUUAAGUCAAAGGAUAAAAACUACAGUGGGCCACCAAUACCGCCUAUUAGGUCAUUAUACACCUAAAGACUAAUAGGAUCUCUUACCCAUAUAUUCCACCACAUCUGCCUUCUUUAUUAUUAUCCACAUAAUGGGCCUUUAUUAUUAUCCACAUAAUGGGCCAGUAUAGCUACUCUUAACCAUCUUCUUCAUCCGCAUACACUCCCAAUGAGCCUGCCUACGGCACGCCUCUUCCUUCCGAUGCUUCUGCUUCUUCCGCAUCUUCUAUUUUUUCUCGUCGUUAUGGAGACCCAACAUACGGCCUCCCUCGGAAGUGCAUUUGUGGUAGUCAUCUCAAAAUUGGUACCAGAUCCGAAGAGUCUGACAUUGGGCGUAUCUACUACGAGUGUAAGAGAAGUGGAGUAAGUCCCUUUCUUUUGUAUCAUGUUCCCAUUUUCGUCUACACAUGUUUCAUUGUAACAUCUCUUAUUGUAUCAUGCCUUUACAAUACUUUGCUACCCUAACAAACAUCAUCCUUUAUUUCUAAUAGACUGGAGGGCAUCACUUCAGCAAGAUGUGGGAUAAAGCCAUUAUGGAGGAGAUACACGACAUCAAUGCCAGGUUUUCAGAAAAUGAUGACCGGAUGAUCCGUUACCUCACCUAUACCAAAGAAGGGGAACAAUGUGACCCUCGUACUGUGCUUAAGAGUGUUCACGCCCACGAUGAACAAAUCAAUAGCCUUCAUGAGAUGGUCACAGAGCUAGGCACUGGCUAUACUGAUUUCCGGGCAUUUGUUGAGGGAUUCCAACCCCCUCAACCACCCCCCAAAAACCAAAAGUUGGAGCUUGCUGUUAUUUUGUCUACUGUACUCGUCCUUGUUGCUUUUCUCCUGGCAAUCGGCAUGUCCAUCAACAACUACAGAGGGUGAUUUAUUUAUGACAUUUAUGUAUUCUGCUGGAGUUUCCUCCCUGGUUGUACUAGAUGUUUCAUGUUGUCUAUCUCCUUUUGCUUUUUAGUAGACUUUUCAUGUUGUCUAUCUCCUUUUGCUUUGUAGUAAACUUUUUAUGUUGUCUAUCUCCUUUUGAUUAGGCACC